CUCUGCAGUCCUCCUAUGUGGUGCUGAUCAGGUGGUUGCAGAGCUUCGGCUCACAGCAACACAAUGCAGCUGAGCAGGCAAGCACAGCUCACAGCCAGAAACCCUUCCGACUCCCCAUAACAAGACGACCUUUAAGCCUCAAGUUUCCCGGAGAAAAUGAGAUGCUGAUGCUGAAGACGACAUUAUGAAUUGGUACUGAAAUAUACAGAAAAAAAAUCACUUUACAAACAUGAGGUUGAAGGCUUUGAUGGAAUAUCAGAUAUUGAAAAUGUCUUCCUGCCUGUUCAUCCUUCUGUUUCUCACGCCUGGCAUUUUAUGCAUUUGUCCUCUCCAAUGUAUAUGCACGGAGAGGCACAGGCAUGUGGACUGUUCAGGCAGAAACCUGACUACAUUACCCCUUGGACUGCAAGAGAACAUUAUACAUUUAAAUCUGUCUUAUAACCACUUUACUGACCUGCAUAACCAGUUAACCCCAUAUACCAAUCUGAGGACCCUGGACAUCUCAAACAACAGGCUUGAAAGUCUGCCUGCUCAGUUACCUCGGUCUCUCUGGAACAUGUCUGCUGCUAACAACAAUAUUAAACUUCUUGACAAAGCUGAUACUGCUUAUCAGUGGAACCUUAAAUACCUGGAUGUUUCUAAGAAUAUGCUGGAAAAGGUUGUUCUCAUUAAAAAUACCCUAGGAAGUCUUGAGGUUCUUAACCUCAGCAGUAACAAACUUUGGACAGUUCCAACCAACAUGCCUUCCAAACUACGUAUUGUGGACCUGUCUAACAACUCACUGACACAAAUCCUUCCAGGGACAUUAAUAAACCUGACAAAUCUUACAUAUCUUUACCUGCACAACAAUAAAUUCACAUUCAUUCCAGAUCAGUCUUUUGACCAACUCUUGCAGUUGCAAGAGAUAACUCUUCAUAAUAACAGGUGGUCAUGUGACCAUAAACAAAGCAUUACUUACUUAUUGAAGUGGGUGAUGGAAACGAAAGCCCAUGUGAUAGGGACUCCUUGUUCUAAGCAAGUAUCCUCUCUGAAGGAACAGAGCGUUUACCCCACACCUCCUGGAUUUAUCUCAAGCCUAUUUACUAUGAGUGAGAUGCAGACAGUGGACACCAUUAACUCUCUGAGUAUGGUAACUCAACCCAAAGUGACCAAAAUACCCAAACAGUAUCGAGGAAAGGAAACCACAUUUGGUGUCACCCUAAGCAAAGACACCACUUUUAGUAGCACUGAUAGGGCUCUGGUGCCCUACCCAGAAGACACACCCACAGAAAUGACCAAUUCACAUGAAGCAGCAGCUGCAACUCUAACUAUUCACCUCCAGGAUGGAAUGAGUUCAAAUGCAAGCCUCACCAGUGCAACAAAACCAUCCCCAACACCCGUGACCCUCAGUAUAACUAGUGGCAUGCCAAAUAAUUUCUCUGAAAUGCCUCAACAAAGCACAACCCUUAACUUACGGAGGGAAGAAACAACUGCAAAUGUAAAAACUCAGCCACCUUCUGCGGCUAGUGCUUGGAAAGUAAAUGCCUCACUCCUUUUAAUGCUCAAUGCCGUGGUCAUGCUGGCAGGCUGAGGGUCUGCAGUUUCUGAAAUGAAGGAGAACCUUCCACCCUGAUGUACAGUUGGGAAAAUCUGCCCCUAUCUAACCAGUGAUUCAAGCUAUAUUAUGUAUUCAAGAAAGCCAGUCUUGUAUUUCUGACUUUGAUGUAAAUGAAUAACUUGUCUUAAUUAAAAGAAGUGCACAAUGUCUUGGUACUUGCUGCUAUUUUCCUGUCUUAAGUAAAACUAAUGACAUUUUUUUUAAAUGAAACGUUUCCUUUUUAAGGCUUCAACUUAUUGCACAAACUAUAAAGAGCAUCUAAACUUUAAUAUGUAUUUUAUGUAUGUUUACACUGUCAAAUGUCUGGGACAAAAUAAAAGGCCUAUGCUCCUGGC